AUUUCUGACAUUAUGGACAGACGAGAGCUGAUGAAUUACGUGGACAUGCCACACUUCCACCCCGAGAAAAACGUCGUCAACGGCAUCGACCUGUACAAGAAUGGACGUCACAUCCACGAGAUCAGACACGAGUUUGAGAAGAACCAACCACUGUGGAUUCGAACCUACAGCACGGGGUCACAAGAGGAAGUCUCCAACCCCGUCGGAUCCCCAUCCACAUCCUCGGGGUCUCGAUUUUUCGGUGGAAGUAAUCGCUAUUGAAAUUAACGUAAUCGC